AUGUUCUCUUUAGCAUCGGCAGUUGACAAACCAUUGCAAGUGAAUUUGGCUACCCAGAAUAAAACAAGGCCAAGUUGUGCAAGGGUCAAAGUAGAAGUUGAUCUACUUGGGGAAUUUCCAAAAAUAAUCAAUCUUGGUAUGAGGCUGAAAAUGGGAGAAGUGAAGGAGAAGUGGAUACGAAACAAUUAUGACUAUGUCCCCAAGUAUUACAAGUUUUGUAAGCUUCAAGGGCAUAAUGAGAAGGAAUGUGUUAUCAUUCAUCCAGAACUCUACCCAAAAGAGGAGAACAAAGAAGAAGAAACAUCAGACAGUACGAAGAAUGCGGGAGUGCAUGAGAGUGAGGGAGUUGACACUGAUGCAAUGCUUGCAAUUUCAAGAGAAGAAGGGGAAUUAAUUGAUGAAAAAAGAGAUAAAGAGGUACCUAAAAUAAAAACAUUUGCAGAGCAGGAAAUCAGUGAUAAGCAAAAUUCAGAGGAGGAUGAAAGUAUUAAUGUUAAUGUAGAAUAUGUGAGUAAAAAUGGAGAUCUGUCACCAAGACGAAUUGAUGAUCUUAAAAGCAAAAUGAAGAAGAAUACAAAUCAGAGCCCCAGUGAAUUGGAAGCUUAUAGGAGGAAGUUAGGUCUUCCUAAUGCUAGAGUGAAUAGUUCAUCAAAAAUUUGGGUAUUCUGGGAAGACAAUUGGGUGGAGAAAGGAUCAACAGACACUAUGCAACAAUUAACAAUGCAAUUUCAACUUAGAGGUAGGGAUGUGUGCUUCAGGGUAACGACUGUAUAUGCAAGAUGUAGUGCCCUAGAAAGACAAGAAUUAUGGGAUGAUUUGGAGCAUAUUGCUGCUCAAACUAAUAAUCCUUGGUUGGUAGGCGGUGAUUUCAAUACAAUUAUAGAUGAAUCAGAGAAAUUAGCUGGUUUGCCAAUGACAUUGCAGGAAACGGCUGACUUUACUACUUGUAUUAGUGCUUGCGCAUUAAAUGAGUUGAAAUUUGUAGGUAGUGCUACACUUGGUGGAAUGGACAAAUUGAAAAUGAUUGUAUCUUUAAAAGACUAG